CUUACAUGUCACAGCGCGGCACAGUGCAGCCCCCUCCUCUCAUAUCCACGCAUCGGCUGCUGUGCUUUGGACGGGGGAAAUCCUUAACUGAAUUGCGUCAUAAACACGUCAAUAAACUCUCAUUCACUGGCGAUCAGGUACCACCGUAGCCGCCAUAUUCGCAUCCAUGGCAAAGCUGCGGAGCUUUAGGUGAGCGUCUAUGGUCCAGUCAUCAACAUCCGAUGAUAUUACCCCUCCGACCCCCACAUCACAGCCUCCCGUCUGACCGCAGCCGUGCAGACUGCUUGUGAUCAUCAAAGCAGAAGAGCCGGAUUUCUAAGGGCAAGACAUGCAACGUGGAGCGUGGGUCUAGGUGGACUUAAUAUGAUGCCUUAGACUUUAUUACAAACCUGGGACAAGAUGGAGGUAAAUAGCGUUAGCAGUGAGGUCAAUGGACAUCAGAUCAUGGACGAGCCCAUGGAGGAGGGAGAGUCUUUCACGCACUGUGAUGAUGGUGCUUAUAAAGAGAUUCCUAUCACCCAUCAUGUGAAAGAGGGCUGUGAAAAAGCGGAUCCAUCUCAAUUUGAACUUCUUAAAGUGCUUGGCCAGGGUUCAUUUGGCAAGGUGUUUCUUGUCAGGAAGAUUAUAGGUCCAGAUGCUGGUCAAUUAUAUGCAAUGAAAGUUUUAAAAAAGGCAUCAUUGAAAGUCAGGGAUAGAGUUCGCACUAAAAUGGAAAGAGACAUUUUAGUUGAAGUCAAUCAUCCCUUCAUUGUGAAAUUGCACUACGCCUUUCAGACAGAAGGGAAACUGUAUCUAAUACUGGACUUUCUCAGGGGAGGGGAUGUAUUCACUCGCUUAUCCAAAGAGGUUAUGUUUACAGAAGAAGAUGUGAAAUUCUACCUUGCAGAGCUGGCCCUGGCCCUCGACCACCUGCACAAUCUGGGCAUAGUUUACAGAGACCUCAAGCCAGAGAACAUCUUACUUGAUGAAGCUGGACAUAUAAAAUUAACAGAUUUUGGUUUGAGUAAAGAGUCAGUGGAUGCUGAUAAGAAAGCUUAUUCUUUCUGUGGUACUGUGGAAUAUAUGGCCCCUGAGGUGGUCAACAGGAGAGGACACACACAGAGUGCAGACUGGUGGUCACUGGGCGUACUGAUGUUUGAGAUGUUAACGGGGACAUUACCGUUCCAAGGGAAAGACCGCAAUGAGACGAUGAACAUGAUUCUCAAGGCUAAGUUGGGAAUGCCCCAAUUCCUCAGUUUGGAGGCCCAAAGUUUGCUAAGAAUGCUGUUCAAAAGAAACCCAGCAAAUAGGUUAGGGGCUGGUCCAGAUGGCGUGGAGGAGAUCAAACGGCAUGCUUUCUUUUCCACCAUCGACUGGAACAAACUGUACAGAAGAGAGCUCCAGCCUCCGUUCAAGCCUGCAGCAGGAAAACCAGACGAUACUUUCUGCUUUGACCCAGAGUUCACUGCAAAAACGCCUAAAGACUCUCCAGGUAUACCUCCCAGUGCAAACGCUCACCAGCUGUUCAAAGGCUUCAGUUUUGUGGCUCCAACGCCGAUGGACGAAAACAAGAGCUCACCACUGCUCAGCAUUCUGCCCAUCGUCCAGAUGCACGGAGGCUCAGCAAAAUUCUCUGACCUUUAUGAGCUACAAGAAGACAUAGGAGUCGGGUCAUACUCAAUCUGUAAACGCUGUGUUCAUAGAGUGUCUGCCAUGGACUACGCUGUGAAGAUCAUUGACAAAAGUAAAAGAGACCCUUCGGAAGAGAUUGAAAUCCUUAUGCGAUACGGGCAGCAUCCGAACAUCAUCACAUUGAAAGACGUGUACGAUGAGGGCCGGUACGUUUACCUGGUGACAGAGCUGAUGAAAGGUGGAGAGCUACUUGACAGAAUCCUCCGACAGAAGUUUUUCUCUGAGCGAGAGGCCAGUGCUGUGCUCUACACCAUCACCAAGACGGUCGACUACCUCCACUGCCAAGGGGUAGUACACAGAGACUUGAAACCGAGUAAUAUCCUUUAUAUGGACGACUCUGGGAAUCCCGACUCGAUACGAAUCUGUGACUUUGGUUUUGCCAAACAGCUCCGAGGAGGGAAUGGGCUACUGCUCACACCCUGCUACACUGCCAACUUUGUGGCACCAGAGGUACUAAUGCGGCAAGGUUAUGAUGCAGCCUGCGACAUAUGGAGUUUGGGAGUUUUACUGUAUACAAUGCUGGCGGGGUACACACCGUUUGCAAAUGGGCCAAAUGACACACCAGAGGAGAUCUUACUCCGAAUAGGAUCUGGCAAGUUUUCUUUGACGGGCGGAAACUGGGAUACUGUCUCGGACUCUUCAAAGGACCUCCUGUCUCACAUGCUGCACGUGGACCCUCAUCAGCGGUACACAGCGGAGCAGGUGCUGAAACAUUCCUGGAUCACCUGCAGAGACACACUACCGCACUUCCAACUCACGAGACACGACGCCCCACAUUUAGUCAAGGGAGCAAUGGCUGCCACUUACUCCGCUCUGAGCCAGAAGACCAGUCAGCCCGUAUUGGAGCCAGUGGCCGCGUCCAGUUUAGCCCAACGCCGCAGCAUGAAGAAACUCACCUCCACCGACAUGUAGUCCCCCAAAAAAACGCUAGAACUACAACCUCAGAAUCUCAACCGGACUAAGCGGAUCUAAACAAGCUCUGGCCAGUCGCACUUAUACAAAAUACUGUCUCUAUGAGUAUUUUUUUAACCUAUUUAUUAUUAUUGUUUUUGGACACGCCCUUCAUAUGCAUUCACACACUGGACGAUGUUGCAUCAUGAAGAAGUCAGCUGAUUAUGACAUAUCUGUUACUGCUGCGGAGAGAAACAUGUAUAAACCCCUCAUCAGUCAAUUAGAAUAUACUAAGUGGGAAAGUGAAUUUUGUUGGUAGUGUGGUUCAAAUAUAUAAUAGUGUAAUAGAAGAAAAUGUUUCAAGCAUGUAUUCAUUUUCAUUUUGAUGGCUAUGUAACAUUAUAUACAGUGAGUGAAACAGGGCUAAAAAAAACAUUUUUUGUUAUCCAGGUCUAAAAUGAGGCUUAACCUAGGUCUAAAGUGGUUCUAAACCAGGACUAAAUUGUGAGCAAAUUCAGACCACAGCUAAACAAAAUUAAACCAGGUCAGAGCUGGUUUAAUUAUGUUACAACCUGUAACAUAGGUUACAGGUUGUAACAUAUGUGGAUUAAAUCAUUUCUAAAGUGGGUCUAAAUCAGGACUAAACCAGAAUUAAACCAAAUAUAAAUUAUCAAUUCUAAGAUUAAUCAAAGAUUAGACCAGGGCUAAAUUAGUCUAAACCACAAUUAAACUAGGUCAAAGCCAGGACUAAACCAGGACUAAACCAGGACUAAACCAGGACUAAACCAGGACUAAACCAGGACUAAACCAGGACUAAACCAGGGCUAAGCCAGGUCAAAGCUAGGACUAAACCAAGUCUUAACAUGACUAAACCAGGACUAAACCAGGUCAAAGCUAGGACUAAACCAGGUCUUAACAUUACCAAACCAGGACUAAACCAGGUCAAAGCUAGGUCUAACUCAUUUCUACAUAUUGGUGCUAAUUUCACUUUUAACCUCCAUCAAAGUAGGACUAAAGAAUAAAUUAAACUGACUCUAAAAUAAACUAAUUUGUGACUUGAACUGCUAAGUACUCUUUUUUUUAACUUUUGCAAUAGAUACCCUAUUUUAAAAGGUUUAUAUUUGUAUUAAUGACUGAAUUUUGGUGCCCAUUAACUAAAUACCCCAUCAAAUUGAACUAAAACACAUGCUUGAACAUUUUAUCUUAAUUUAUCAUGUAUGCAUAUCACUUUGAACUGCACUACUGACUCCAAUGGCAUUUCCCAUGAUGUUUUAAUGUAUUGAUGUAGGGCAAUGUUUAUUUCCACAGCUCUCAUAUGCACUUGCCCUCCUCGCCUUCUCACCCUCUCUUCCUCUGGCCGGGGGAAGAUACGCACCAGCUGAUGUUUUUCCUUCACUGUGAUUGGCUGAUUCAAAGCUGCUUCAACAAACUGUGGACCCCCCCAAGACCCCCCACUGCUUUUCAUCGACAUAUCUAAGCUUAAUAUUUCUUUUUUUUUUCCUAUAUGUGUACAUCCUUGCUGUUUUUUGCUUUGCUCUUGUUUUUGAUGUAUGUGGGAGAGUGCUGGGAAGAUGGUGUAUUGACGUACAAUGGGGAAAUACUGUUUAUCUUCUGAGGGCUUGUAAUGGAAGAUUAUAGAGUUUUGCCAAAAAGAAAAAAAAAAUCCCCCAAGAUCAAAAAAUACAUCGACCAGCACUUUGGUUUCAUUCACCAAUCCAGCAUAAGAUUAUGACCACUGAUUAUGAAUAAUGUGCAAUGUAUUUCCAUUAAGGCACUUGAUAAUUGGUGCAGUAUAUAUCAGGACACCACUUUACAUUUAGUUUGUGCUCUACCCAUCAUUUUUGAGGCGAAAAUGUUAAUACUUGUAAUUUGACAAUGGCGAAUUCUGCAAAUAUGUAGGUAAUAUAAUGUCUUUUGCAGAGAAGUAAAGAAUUCUCGUAGUGUUAUGUAUAAAAUGUACCAACCUGAAGUUUGAAUCAAAAAUCAAAUAUACCUUAUUGGGAAAUUUGUUUUGAGCAAAAUGUUCAAUCAGUAAGGACAAUACAGACACGGCAUACAAUGUUAUAAAUACACAAGUUUAGCUAAAAAAUAACAAAAAGUAUAAUAAAAUAUAGUAUAAAAAUAGUCCUUAUAACCUUUAGCAAAAAAAAAGACUUCUACAAACUUGUUCUUUAAAUGCAAAUGAUUCUUGCAUUUGUUGAUCCUCUCAAACAUUGAUCUCAAUAUUAACAUUAACAUGCACCCAGCUAGGUCAUUGUGUCUGAAAUUUGCAAUUAAGAUGUCUUUUUAAUGGUGUGUAUGGUUAAAAGAAGGAGCAGAUGUCAACCAGUGCCAGGUAAUACACAUGGGGAAUAAAAGUUUUCCCAAGUUAUUCAAUUCAAAUUACAAAAAAAUAAAAAAUAAAUAAAUUAGAACAACAUCUGAAUAUUUAGUGUGUCACAUUUAUUUAUUAUUCUAUUAUUAUAAUGUGUGUUAGGUUGGUGGUCGUAAUCUUUUGCCUGAUUGGUGAAGAUGCAUGCAGAUGACAGCGUCUUUCUUUAAAAUUCAACAUCAUGUUCAUGUGUGAUGUUGUGUAUUGAAUGUGAUUGCUGCAGAUGGACAAAGCUAAAAAAAUAGCAUUAAAGUAUUGAAGCUGUUGGCGAUGAAGAGCAGGCGGGGGCACUGUAGGGACUUCGCUGGGGGGACAGGAUGUACCCCUUUGAACCAGAGAAGCUGAAUUAUAAAUAUAUAUAUAAAGACAUUUCCGUGGAUUUCUCUUCAAAAAGACAUUGUGGAAAUUGUAUGAUAAUGUAUUUAUUUCAUUUGAUUUUUAAGAUUCUAUUUUUCUUUCAGGUUAUGUAUAUAUUGACAUUAAAGAUCAUUAUUGACAUGC